CUCCCUAUAUCUAAUAGGGAGAAAUGAAUGCAUUUAAACUAUCAAGUAUCUGGCAGGAAAACUUCUCUAAACUGUUUUCUUCGAAUAAAUCUGUUGAGGAGGAUAACCCAACGAAAAAUACUUCCGAGACAGAAAGUCCUAAGGACAAUCAGACUGCAGUGAGUCCAAAAGAUGGAAAGAUUGAUGAACAGACCCCCCCUAGGUCUGCAACUAAACUGUUCACAGACCUGGCAAAGGUUUCCCAGGGCUCUGUAGAUCAAGAGAAAUCUUCAGCCCAAGAAAAACCAACAGCUAGUGAACCCAUUUCUGCAUUCCCAUUAAGUAGUUUGAACCAACCUGAGGAUGGAAUGCGACAGAAAUUGGGAAGUUUUUUCAGUCGAGUUCCAAAAUCCAAACCAGAUCAACCACUAACAUUAUCCCAGAGUGAGAGAGUCAACAGCCCAGAUUUGAACGCCGAAAAUCAAGAUGGAGCUCAAGUAUCAAACUGGAAUGAUGAUGCAGAAAAGGAGCCUCAUCGUAAGCACAUCACACCGUUUGACAGUGAUGCUGGAGAAAAUGGCAGGGGAACACUGGAGACAAGUUAUCCUGAGAGUCCUGCCGCAGAGCAGAUAUUCACACCAGCAGAGUCACUUGAGCAAAAUAAACCUGAGAUUGCACAUCCUAAAGCAAUAGGAAUUAAUUCAAGCACUUCAGGCCAAUAUAAGGGAAGUGGAAGAUCAGAAGAAAAACAUAUUGGCUCAGCUUGUGUCACAGAUCCCACAGGCCUUCAGAAAUUAAGGAUAUUCAGUGCAAGUAUCUCAUUGGAGGAGGAUGUUGGUGCAUUGCGCUCUGACAAGGAUGCUGUUUAUCAGAAAACCCUAAUGAAGCUACAAAGUGUAGUUGGUGAAUGCAAAGAAAUUAAUAGCCAAGCAUUAGAAGAUAGAGCCAAUGAAGCAGAUAGUUCUGAGAAUGAACAAAAUAUGCCUGUUCCACCAACCAUCACUUAUUCAACUUAUCGUGGAGCGAGGAGGAUCAAAAGAAGAAGAUCUCUGAGAAAAACAUUCCAACCAGUAAAUCCCACAAUUUCUGAAGUAGAUGAGAAGAUUGUGGUUUCAUUGGUUGAUCAACCACUUCUAAAUCAAUUGAAAGAAGAAACUAACCAUUGUGUCCUUUUGCGAGCUCCAGCAAUGACCAAGAUCCAAACACCAUUGGAAGAAAAAAUACCUUUAAUAAAUAAUGGCAAGGGAAAUGCUGAAUUACAGCCCAGAAUCUGCACAGCAACAUUUCCAUCAAGCAAACCUGGGCUGGUCAAAGAUGUAAAAACAGAAAAUGAACCGCUGAAGCAGCAAAGUUCUUUCAGUGGAGUCAGCGGGGAAAUAGAAUUAACUGGACCACACCACCGAGAAACAGCAAAAGUGGGAAGUGAAUGUAGCACAGUGACAACAGGCACAAUAGGUAGCACCAAGAAGCAAGUAUCAGUAUCAAACACAAUUAGUGUACAAAAGAUAACUGCUGUCAAUCCAGAUGGCACACCUUUCCCAGGUCUUACUAUGACACUUGAAGACUCGCAUUCAAAAGGAGGUGGUGUAUUGGAGAAGGAUGCACAAUGUUUCGUUCAGAAAGAUAAUCUAAUCGCUGAUCACAAUGAUCAGAGCCACAAGGAUGAAGACAAUGCUGACAUAACAACAAGCAAAUUAACUCCCCAAACUGAGGGUUCAUCCAAAACAACUAUUAUGAUGAAGCCCCAACAAAAGCUCCAUGUUCCCCCUGCUUCAAAGACAACCAGUAAAAAAGGAAAUGAAACAGAUGUACCAAAGAUGCUCUGCUCCACAGUAGAUGCAGAUGAAGCAGCAACAGCUCAAAAUUUGAAACUUGUCAGUUUAAAUAAUCCUACUUCCUUAACAGAGAAUAACCAACAAGCUGAUAACACAGAUAGGCAACAAAGAAGUAUUGUUGCUAAUUUAGAAGAUCAGGCUCUAACAAAUCCUGUAGUUAUUGCUUCAAAGCAAGAUGAUAUGGAGAAAGAGAUUGAGAAAACAGAAUCAGUGAGCAAAAAUGAAAAGCAAGGCCCAAUGCUGGAAAUUUUGGACAAUGCUACUGUUCCAACAAAAGUUGUCUCUUUAAUAGACCCAGUGAAAGCAAUCCACCUGAGCAACAAGUUAGACGCACCAAAAGUAAUACUUGAUAAAUAUGAUGUACAAUUGGAAAUUGCCAGCAGGACCCAAACAAAUGGACACAUAACAGAAUCAGGUACCUUUGCAGUGUUCAAUAACAAAGGGGAUAUUCCUGAUGCCUCUACCAAUGACAUGCCAAAAAAGUAUAAAGACAAAGAUAAUGUAACAGGGUUAUCCACUGAGAGUCUCACAACAGACACUGGAUAUGCAAUCGAGAGACCACCAAAGGAGUACCAUCAAACAUUGCAAAGGAAAUCAGUACCUGACAUAAUACAUGUAAAUGAAGAGUCAUCUUCUCAAGUAUUGAAAAAACAAAUGAGUAUGAACUCAUCCACCCUGACAACUGUUGAAGUAAUAAAUAAGACAAUAAAUGAAGAUACAGUUAAUAGUGCUAAUGUUACCAAUGAAUCAACAGGUACAAUUGAGAGUGAUAAACAUCCCAAGAUACCAAGUGCUACUUUCUCUAAAAUUGCUACAGACACAGCCCCAAGUGCAAUGCAGUCAUUUGGGAUUAGCAAUUCUGAAUCUACCAUAACUACUGAAUUCCAAGAGAUUACAGAGGCCAGCAAUCUAGAGACUGAGAAUUCAUUGUACAUUCAAAAACCAGAUCAAUUAUUUAAAAUUUCUUCUGAAAAGGAACAUGACCACAGUUCAGAUUCAUUACCAGGUACUCUAGCCUGUUUACCUGAACCCAAAGUUUCUAAAGCGGUCAAGCCUUCCUUGCCUAAUGAAAGUAUAUUUUACAGGUACUAUCAAGAAUCAACAUAUUUUUUAUUAGAUUCGGACAAGAAUGCACAUUCAAUUGCAAAUAGUGAAAUUGCAACUGUACCAGCCGUUAAACAAAAUCAGUCAUUUGAAGAAGUGCAGGACAACAAAAAAGCAUCUAACUUUGUGGCAAUGCCAAAAGAUGCCAGUGAAUCAUCCAUGGAAACAAGCAAGUGUAGCCUAUCAGAAAACAGUCUGUGGUACAGAUGUUUUCAACAAAGUACUGGUUUGUUGAACAAGAGGGAAAGUACACAGCCUAAUACUUCCAAUGAAACAAACUUGGGAAAUACACAGACUGAUGAAAACGUACAGUUAACAAAACCAAUUGCUCUUGUAGCAAAUUUUACGAAGGAAGCAAUUCAAAAUACCUUACAGGGCGAUGCACUGAAUAAUUCCAGAAUGACCUGUUCUAGUGAGCAAAAUGAAGAAAGUGAAAAGAAAACCAAAAGCUAUGACAACAAGGACUCAGAUGCAACAAUUUCAGGUCAACCAGAAGGUGAAGAGACUGCUUUAAAAACCAAAGAAAAGAAAGAACUAAUCACUUUACAAUCAAGACCACAAUUAAUAAAAGAGAUAUGUGUAGUUGAUGCAUCCCAAGCACAUCCAGUAGAAAGAGUAAUAACUACAGAUAGUAAUAACAUUUUGGAAGGAAAAACAAAAGAAGUAGAAGAGGAAAUAAUAUUUUCAGCCAGACAGGGAACACCACAUACCCAAAUGAGUACCACAGUUAUCAAAGAGGAUGUUACUAAUACACAAACGAAUUCAGAUAUAACAAAAACUGCCAGGCUAGUGGAUACAGAAGAUGCUGGCUUAAAUGAGAGCACAAAAAACGUAAUAAUGAACAACACGAUUGAAGAAGAACAUGAGGAAUUAGCGAAAACAGUACAAGUUACUGAUGAGGGACUAAAGGGGAUGGUACACCCAGGGGUACCAGUGGAGUCUGAAAAUAACUCCAUAUACAUUGCCGGAGGAAAGAGUCAAGACUCACCUCUGGUAACACAUGGAAAUGUUGCUGAGUAUGUUCCUUCAAUCCACAGAGCUGAUGAGAAAGCCACUUCAUUCUUUGGUGUAAUUGAAUCUGAUAAUGAGAAUUUACAGAUGGAACCACAUGAGAAAAGGAUAAGUUCAGCACCUUUCUUGCCAGUGGACGCUGACCUCACACCGGUAUAUGCUGUUAAUGAUGUCACAAACCAGGAGGCAGGGGCAGGCCUCUUAAAUCUUACCUCAACAAGCCAAGCAAUUGGCAACACAGAAUCCGCACUUAAAACAAUUGAAGUCAAAGUGAAUGAUGUCCAAGUAAGAGCACAGGAUCCUGUCGAAGAAACAGAACAGAGAACUGAACUAAUGAAUAUUGUAAUUGCUGCAGAAGAUUCCUUGUCAGAAACACCUUCAGAAAUAAUGAAAACAGACAAUAACUCUGAUCACAUGGUCCAGGAAUGUUCUGCCAUAGUAAUGGAGCAGUGUAGUAUUAUUGAUCCAACACAGAGUACUGCUGCAUUAAAAACUGACUCUAUCACUUCAGCCCACGCCCAGGAAAACUUUAUGUCUGAUUUUGGGCAAAGUCUAAAAACCUCAGAAGCAAGUAAUUUUCAGUCAGGUUCUGUCCAGUUAAAAAUAAGUUUGUCGGGCUUGUCGACUGACCAAGGAGAUUCCACUAACCAAACCACAAAAUCUGAAGAAGAUGGAACAUGCGUGAUUUCUGAAACACCGAGAAGCUCCAACAUCUCAUUAUCAGAUUCAGUUAAACCAGUGAAUGGAGUGGCAAAAAGGAUGGUGCAGAAAAUUAUGCUUUCUUCCCUGGAGGCAAUUACAAAUAUUCAGGUACCUGAUGGGGCACAACUGUCUUCAUCAGACACAGAACCAGCUACCAAGAGCAACAUGACAUUACCAUCUGCAUCAAAAUCUGCUGUAGGACUGGUGGCUUUCACAGAACCAGUAACACCACAUACCCAAUCAGGAAGCACUGUAAGCUUAGAGGAUGUUACUACUGCAGAAACAGCUUCAAAUAUAAUAAAAACUGACAGGUUAAUGGAUAGGCCUAGAGAAGUUGGCUUAAUUGCCAGCGCAAAUAAUUUACCAAUGAACAGUUCGAUUGAAGAAGAGCUUGAACUAGUGAAGACAGUAGAAGUUAAUGGUGAGAGAGUGAAAGAGUUAAUGAACUCAGAGAUCCCAGAGGAAUCUGAAAAUACCUCCAAGUACAUUGCUGAAGGAAAGAGUCAAGACUCACCUCUGGUAACACAUGGAAAUGUUGCUGAGUAUGUUCCUUCAAUCCACAGAGCUGAUGAGAAAGCCACUUCAUUCAUUGGUGUAAUUGAAUCUGAUAAUGAGAAUUUACAGAUGGAACCACAUGAGAAAAGGAUAAGUUCAGCACCUUUCUUGCCAGUGGACACUGACGUCACACCGGUAUAUACUGUUAAUGAUAUCACAAACCAGGAGGCAGGGGCAGGCCUCUUAAAUCUUACCUCAACAAGCCAAGCAAUUGGCAACACAGAAUCCGCACUUAAAACAAUUGAAGUCAAAGUGAAUGAUGUCCAAGUAAGAGCACAGGAUCCUGUCGAAGAAACAGAACAGAGAACUGAGCUAAUGAAUAUUGAAAUUGCUGCAGAAGAUUCCUUGUCAGAAACACCUUCAGAAAUAAUGAAAACAGACAAUAACUCUGAUCACAUGGCCCAGGAAUGUUCUGCCAUAGUAAUAGAGCAGUGUAAUAUUAUUGAUCCAACACAGAGUACUGCUGCAUUAAAAACUGACUCUAUCACUUCAGCCCACGCCCAGGAAAACUUUAUGUCUGAUUUUGGGCAAAGUCUAAAAACCUCAGAAGCAAGUAAUUUUCAGUCAGGUUCUGUCCAGUUAAAAAUAAGUUUGUCGGGCUUGUCGACUGACCAAGGAGAUUACACUAAUCAAACCACAAAAUCUGAAGAAGAUGGAACAUGCGUGAUUUCUGAAACACCGAGAAGCUCCAACAUCUCAUUAUCAGAUUCAGUUAAACCAGUGAAUGGAGUGGCAAAAAGGAUGAUGCAGAAAAUUAUGCUUUCUUCCCUGGAGGCAAUUACAAAUAUUCAGGUACCUGAUGGGGCACAAAUGUCUUCAUCAGACACAGAAUCAGCUACCAAGAGCAACAUGACAUUACCAUCUGCAUCAAAAUCUGCUGUAGGACUGGUGGCUUUCACAGAACCAGUAAAACCACAUACCCAGUCAGGAAGCACUGUAAGCUUGGAGGAUGUUACUACUGCAGAAACAGCAUCAAAUAUAAUAAAAACUGACAGGUUAAUGGAUAGGCCUAGAGAAGUUGGCUUAAUUGACAGCACAAAUAAUUUACCAAUGAACAACACAGUUGAAGAAGAGCUUGAGGAACUAGUGAAGACAGUAGAAGUUAAUGGUGAGAGAGUGAAAGAGGUAGUACACUCAGAGAUCCCAGAGGAAUCUGAAAAUACCCUCAUAUACAUUGCUGGAGGAAAGAGUCAAGACUCACCUCUGGUAACACAUGGAAAUCUUGCCACGUAUGUUCCUUCAAUCCACAGAGCUGAUGAGAAAGAUGUCUCAAUAACGAUGGAACCACAUGAGGAAAGUAGAAGUUCAGCACCUUUCUUGCCAGUGGACACUGACCUUACACCGGUAUAUGCUGUUAAAGAUGUCAUAAGCCAGGAGGCAGGGUCAGGCCUCUUAAAUCCUACCUCAACAAUUCAAGCAACUGGCAACACAGAAUCCGCACUUGAAACAAUUGAAGUCAAAGUGAAUGAUGUCCAAGUAAAAGCACAGGAUCUUGCAAAAGAAACAGAACAGAGAACUGAGCUAAGGAAUAUUGUAAUUGCUGCAGAAGAUUCCUUGUCAGAAACACCUUCAGAAAUAAUGAAAACAGACAAUAACUCUGAUCACAUGGUCCAGGAAUGUUCUGCCAUAGUAAUAGAGCAAUGUAAUAUUAUUGAUCUAACACAGAGUACUGCUGCAUUAAAAACUGACUCUAUCAAUUCAGCCCAAUCAAAUGAUGCCCAAGAAAAGUUAAUUGCCGCUUUUGAGAUAAGUAAAUCUAGUCAGUUAACCGAUCCAGGUGAUUUCACAAAUGUAAGUAUGAAAAAUGCAGAGGAGAAUGAAACAGGGAGAAUUGCUGAACCACAGGCAACCUUUGACAUUUUGUUUGCCCAUUCCGCUAACAGCCUAAAUGAUCAUGUCACAAAAAGCAUAGAAACCAUUGAGCAUCAUCUGAAUAUGGAGGACGAAAUGGAACCUCAAUUUUUAGAACAGGAAGCAUUGAUCCUAGACACAUCCUUGAGUCAUAACUUCAACAGGAGGCAAAUUUAUCCUUUUGCUUUACCACCAAUAUAUGAAGAGCAAGAGUUAGAAAAUGAUGCAACAAUGGACACAUAUAGUAUUACCCAUUCUCCAACUUCAACAACGGAGUACAAUUCCAACCAACUUGUUGCAUCUAUAAUUGAACCUGCAGCAGCAUCUUUACACUUGAUGCAAACAGAACAUAUAUUUCAAGAGAUUGAGGAAGAAGAAAAUCCUACAAGUCAUGUUCCUGCAUUAGAAGCGAGCACAAGCCUCUCCAGUGACCACUUGGACAAAGCAACUCUAAUUUCUCAGGAGAUAAAUGAAAAGCAAAACUUGCCUUCGCAGUUACAAACAGAAACUUGUGUGGUUGAUUCAAAAGCCUCCCCUAAACCUUCUGCAGCAGAAGAUAGUGUAUUCUAUCGAUAUUUUCAGUCAUCUAGGCAUUAUUUAUCAAAGGUCGAAAAAGCACUCCCUGAAAGCGCUCCUAAAAUAUUAACUCAUUUGCAACAGAAACCAGCUGAUGACUCAAACCUGUUAAAAUGUUCACCAGAUUCAAAGUGUCUUGUCAAGAACAAAAAUUUGAAAAUCAACCCAAGGCCAGGGAAGGUUGUUAUUUAUGACCAAUUAAACUUCCUUGGAAACAAACGUGAAAUCUUCACCGAUGUAUCUGAUGCAACAAGCUGGAACUUUUUUGAAGGAAUCUCAUUAAAAGUUGUCAGAGGAUGUUGGAUGUUGUGUGAAAAACCUGACUUCCAAGGCCAAACUUAUGUAUUGGAAGAGGGAUACAGGGAGUUAGAUGAACUCUGGGUUGACAAGAGCUUGCGGAUGGAAUUCAAUCCUACAAAAAUUGUGAUUGGUUCUAUUAAAAGGAUUGGAAAGAGUCACUGCAUUCCAGAGAUUGCAAUCUUCCAAGAACCUCAGCAAGAUGACAUUAAAACUUACCUGCACAGUGAGGUCACCUGCAUAGAGGAAUGUGGAAUAUCACCCAGUGUGUCUUCUAUCAUUGUCAAUUCAGGAAUUUGGCUUGCUUAUUAUCAGGCAAAUUUUAGUGGCCGAUGUACUCUGCUUGAAACUGAUAACAGCCCAGUUCCACUAACGGCUGAAGUAAAGUCAGACAAUAUCAAAUCAUUACGGCCUCUGGAAAUGGGUGGACUAAAAGUAGAAAGACCUAUGGCUCCCCAGGUUAUAGUAUUUGAAAAAACGUUCUUUAACGGACGCUUCAAGGAAAUUUGUGAAGAUGCAUCAGAUUUGAAGAAUCUUUGGGAGGAUGUUACUGACCUAAACAUUAACGGUUUUAGAGGAGUAGGUUCAGUACGAGUUAUUGGUGGAUUAUGGGUUUGUUAUGAAAAAGAAUGUUACAGAGGACAUCAGUACCUCCUGGAAGAAGGAGAGUAUGAGGAUUGGCAGGCAUGGGGUGGAUUUAACAGCACAGUACAAUCCAUGCGAUAUAUUCAGGCUGAUCAUAUGAAACCUGAAAUCACUUUAUUUGAGGAAGCAGACUUAAAGAAAGGCAAUAACAUUUUUGUUAUUCAUGCCAUUCCAAAUUUGGAAAGCAUAGGAUAUGGAACAGUGACUCGGUCAAUUGAAGUAAAAAAUGGAGCGUGGGUAGCGUAUCGUCAAGAACAUUACUCUGGAGAGCAGUAUAUUCUAGAAAAAGGAGUGUACAGAAACUAUCAUGGUUGGGGAGGAGAAGAUAGCUCAAUCAUGUCAAUACGCCCAAUACAACUGGAACCUCUUGGAGAGAAUGAAGUGCAGUUUAAGCUUCAAGCAUACAAUGGAAUUAACUUUCAGGGAGAAAGUGUUGAAUUUGUAACAGAAAUACCCAGUUUACCAUCUUUGCAACCAAAUUCAUUUAAAGUUCUUCAUGGACGCUGGGUCUUGUAUGAUGAAAAAGAUUACAGUGGCUGCCAGUAUGUGUUGGAGGAAGGCCAGUACCCAGACCUCGAUUCCUUGGGAUGCCUGUCAGCCAAACCAAUCCAAUCUCUGAAGCCCAUCAGAAAUGAUUUUUCUAUGCCUUCUAUCAGCUUAUUUAGCCUUUAUUCAUUUGAAGGUCUAGAGCUGAAUCUUACAGGAGGCACCAGUUGCUGGAAGGACAAGGAUUACUACAACAUUCCAAAGUCAAUCAAGGUGAAGGGUGGAAUAUGGAUCGCCUAUGAACAUGCCAACUUUAGAGGAAAUCAGUUACUUUUGGAAUGUACUGAAAUUGCCAACUGGAAUAAAUUCAGUGGAUGGGAGACAAUUGGCUCAGUUCAUCCACUCAAACAGCCCAGAGUCUACUUCCGAAUCAAAAACAAAGCUACUGGAGGGUUUAUGACAGCUGUUGGAGAUUCCAAAGACCCUAGGGAAUCUAAAUUAUUUGUCUGUCCUUACAAUGGUAAAACUAUACAGAUGUGGUUUUAUUGUAAUGGACUUAUUAAAUCCAAGGCUAACUCUGCAUGCAUAGAUGCCAUCAGUGGCCAGGAAAAGGCUGGAGCCAAAGUAACUCUUUGGACAGAGCAUGGACGUACUCAUCAGAAAUGGAACAUUAAUAGGGAUGGAUCCAUCUCUUCCUUUCUAGAUUCCAAUCUGCGACUAGAUAUUAAAGGUGGUGAUUUCUAUGACAAGGAUCACAUCAUCUUAAACUUUCCAGGGGAGCCACAACAGACACAGUUCUGGGACAUUGAAGUGAUGAUAUGAGAAAGACAAAUGCUAAAAGAAAAAUCUGAAAUGUUAUUUGGACAGAUCAAUCACAGCAAUGUUACCAUGGUCAUGAAGAGCAAAACAAGAUCCCUGAUCCCUCUCCAGGCAAUUAUAAUUUGUACAGGUUGUCUUCAACCCAAAUAAUCACAAUUGAAGUAGCACUGUUCUGUUUGUAAAUUAAUUCUGGUAUGAAAAGUGGUUAAUUGUGAGAAAACAAUCAAAUUUAUACUUGUUCAUUCUCCAUUAGGAGCCUAGCAGUUAGACAUUACAGUUUUAGUCAAUGAGACAUGUACAAGGCUCUGUUACUCUCCAUGUUGCAACUUGCCAGAACUAAGAGGAAGUUUCAUGGCUAUUUCGUCACUUCUAGUAUAAUUUAGAACCUCUUACUUUGAAACCCAUUGAUGGAAGUCAGUGUAAUCAAAAUCCCCGAAACAAAAAGAGAAUAUAUUUAAAAAUACACAGCUCAUUGUAUCAGCACUAAAAACCUAUUGCAUUGGCUAACUGACCUGUGUGCAAUUUACGAUGUAAAUUUUUGCUUAAGACGGUGGUUUUUUUAAUACAAUCACAAGUUCAAAUAUUGAAGCUUAUAACAUUAAUGGGGAGUUGUACUGAUAUUUUAAACAAUUGUAAAUAGGUAAAAAUGUGUAUUUGCAUUUUUAUUGGAUUA